CAAAAAAAAUUAAUUUCUCACAACUGUGAUUCAAACAUAACUGGCGUUUUUGUUUAAAAUGCUUAGCAAUUUGCAAUAACUACAAAUAGUACAAGAAACGCAAUCUUUGCAAUCAUUUCACUUGGGGCUUACUUUUUAACGUUUACGAUUGGAUUAAAAACUCUGUUUGCUCCGCGUAUGUCACGAAGCAAGCUAAUUACUUGGACGGAAGUUAGCUAAGCAAAGAGCAAUACGAACACAUACAUAACAACAAUAAUAAACGGGCGAAAGGAGAGGAGUCGAAGUUGCUGACGCCGCAGCUGCAACUGGAAAUAACCGCAACAUAUUUCGCUGGGCGAAAGUCAGCAACAAAAAAAGAGAGUAGACGAUACAAUUGUCGAUCCAUCGUUGUCCAAUCAACUUUUUAAUUCACGCACACACACCCUUCAUAAAAUUGGUCCAGCCAGCAUGGAACGUGAAUCGAAUCCAAUGCAACCCAUGUGCCGCUCUGGAUGCGGUUUCUAUGGAAAUCCAGCCACAGAUGGUCUGUGUUCGGUUUGUUACAAGGACUCGCUUAGAAAAAAGCAACAGCCACCUGUGAGCAGCACACCUGCCUCAGUUCCAAGCCCACAACCUAGCCCUACAUUCAGUCCGGCCAUUGCAACAACCAACACCGCACAGCCCACGGUACAGAGCUUACAGCAGUCACACAGUGAUGUAAAAGAGAAAAUCACUGAGGAACCCGCAGUCGCUGCCAAAACGAAUAGUGAAGCCAUAAUAUCGGCGUCUGGUCCAAAUACUUCCACACAAGCAGCUGCCUCCGCCUGUGAGCAGGAUGACAAGGACAAGGAAGAUGACAAGGACGCCAAGAAAAUGAAGAACCGAUGUGGCGAAUGCCGCAAGAAGGUUGGCCUGACUGGUUUCCAGUGUCGCUGUGGCGGCUUAUACUGUGCCGUGCAUCGUUAUUCCGAUAAACACAACUGCACAUUCGACUACAGAGAGCAUGGCGCCCAGGAGAUUCGACGCAAUAAUCCGGUUGUAGUUGGCGAGAAAAUCCAAAAGAUUUGAAUUGCGAGAGAUUGUGCCAGUAACAGUAGCCGUAGAAUAAUAACAACUACAUAUUAUGAUAGUAUAUAUACACACGCUACGCACCAACAAAUCAAUAUAAACAACAACAACAAA